UAAUUUAUCCGUUCUUACACCUCCUUUACAGUUCCUCUACCGUCUUAUAUGUCUACGCUCCUUCCACAGUUACUCGUGCCGCGCCUUCUUCAUCCUUUGAUCCUUAAUCUACAUUGCUUUCCAACUUGUCGGGUACAGAGCUCGACUUACGAAAUUUAAGUGGGUCGGACUAGUAGGCUUAAGCGAGGGUUUUAAGAGGGAAACAUAAAAAAUGGCGUCGAAAACCCUAGCUCGAACUGGAGCUUCUCUGAUCAAUCGUCUACUUACCAAUUCGCUCAAUGCCUCGUGGCAGAGCAACGCGUAUGUUCUACCGCAGAUCUCUAUGAAUCCUCCGCUUCCUUGUUUCCUGCCCGAGCCCCUAAACAACAAGAAUUUUCAGACGGAAGGAUGCAGAAACGCUGAGUCCUUAAAAAUGGUUGCUUCUCCUGAGCGGUUUAUUUUUCCCUGCGGUCUCCCCUUUCUUCGUUUCUUUAUCGAGGAUGGCCCUGAUGCUUUACAGAAUGAGGGAAUGAACCUACUUCCUAAAAGAACCUACCAGCCCAGCACCAUCAAGCGGAAGAGGACUCAUGGUUACCUUGCAAGAAAAGCUACCAAAGGUGGGCGGAAGGUCAUUGCCCGAAGGUUGGCCAAAGGUCGAGCAAGGAUCGCAGUGUAGCACCCAUUUGAUUCUUGAGACUUGCAUUAGCAUUAGAAAACUAAAAGCACAAAAAAGUGGACAAACAUGUAUGGGUAACACCCUUUUGAUUUGGGUUAAUGAUUUCUUUUAGUUACUAAAUCAAGCUUUGUAAUUCUCUUCUGUGAGCUCUGACCACAAAUCAUAAUAAUUCCUAGCUAUGUGUUGCAAUAUCGCAUUUGUAGUUUUAAAAAAAAAAUGCAUUUGUAGUUAGUACUCACUAAAAUAUUGUUAUUGUUGCUAUUACAAAAUUAUGUUGCUGUUGCAUUCUA